AUGUCCGCCAAAUCGAUUCUCGAGGCUGAUGGCAAGGCCAUCCUCAACUACCACCUUACUCGUGCCCCCGUCAUCAAGCCGACUCCUCUCCCUCCUUCCUCUACGCACAACCCUCCCCCCAAGCUCGCCUCCCUCUACUUCCCCGAAGAUGAGUCCGUCAAGGACGUUCUCGACCAGGCUGAGGUCCUCUACCCGUGGCUGUUGACCCCCGGCUCCAAGUUCGUGGCCAAGCCCGAUCAAUUGAUCAAGAGACGUGGAAAGAGCGGCCUGUUGGCCCUGAACAAGACCUGGGCUGAGGCUCGGGAGUGGAUUGAGGCUCGCGCUGGCAAGGAGAUCCAGGUCGAGACCGUGGCCGGCUACCUCCGUCAGUUCCUGGUUGAGCCUUUCGUGCCUCAUCCCCAGGAGACUGAGUACUACAUCAACAUCCACUCCGUGCGUGAGGGUGACUGGAUCCUCUUCACUCACGAGGGUGGUGUCGAUGUCGGUGAUGUCGAUGCUAAGGCUGAGAAGCUCCUCAUCCCCGUCAACCUCAAGAACUACCCCUCCAACGAGGAGAUCGCUGCUACUCUCCUGAGCAAGGUCCCCAAGGGUGUCCACAACGUCCUCGUUGACUUCAUCUCCCGCCUCUACGCCGUCUACGUUGACUGCCAGUUCACCUACCUUGAGAUCAACCCUCUGGUUGUCAUCCCCAACGCGGAUGCCACCUCCGCUGAAGUCCACUUCCUCGAUCUGGCUGCCAAGCUCGACCAGACCGCUGAGUUCGAGUGCGGUACCAAGUGGGCCAUUGCCCGCAGCCCCGCCAACCUGGGCAUGCCCGUCAUCAAGAGCGAGAAGGUCAACAUCGAUGCUGGCCCUCCUAUGGAGUUCCCCGCUCCUUUCGGUCGUGAGCUGAGCAAGGAGGAGAAGUUCAUCUCCGAGAUGGACGCCAAGACCGGUGCCUCCCUCAAGCUGACCGUCCUCAACGCCAACGGCCGUGUCUGGACCCUGGUUGCUGGUGGUGGUGCCUCGGUCGUGUACGCCGAUGCCAUUGCCUCUGCUGGCUUCGUCAGCGAGCUCGCCAACUACGGUGAGUACUCCGGUGCUCCCACCGAGACUCAGACCUUCAACUACGCCCGCACCAUCCUCGACCUGAUGCUGCGUGCCCCCAUCCACCCUGAGGGCAAGGUUCUCUUCAUCGGUGGUGGUAUUGCCAACUUCACCAACGUUGCCUCGACCUUCAAGGGUGUCAUCCGCGCCCUCCGCGAGGUUGCCCCCGUCCUCAACGAGCACAAGGUCCAGAUCUGGGUUCGUCGUGCCGGUCCCAACUACCAGGAGGGUCUCAAGAACAUCAAGGCCGUUGGUGAGGAGCUUGGCCUCAACAUGCACGUCUACGGCCCCGAGAUGCACGUCAGUGGUAUCGUGCCCCUUGCCCUUCUCGGCAAGAAGACCGACAUCAAGGAGUUCGGUUCCGCGUAA